UCUUUCUUCAAAAUAUGUCGACACUCAGAGUCAAUUGCCCCAAAAGCCUACCUCUCUCUCUCUCCCUUAUAACCCCAUCGAUAUUCCACACGGAACUCUAUGCCGGAUCGCAUAUGGUACGGUGGUUUCAGCAACGAUUAUUCUCCACCAAUCCUAGGACAGAAUUCGUCUCCCAAAUCUUCUUUUGUUCCGUUUUUAAAUUCCCAGAAUUCAUCCUAUAUAAGAGUGUUUUUCUCCAAUACCCUGUCCCAAAUUUCUAGCCUCUUCCCAUGUUAUUCAUUGAGGAUCUCUGGGCGUUGCUUUGCCUUGAAGGUCUCGGAACAAAAGCGCGGACUUUCUCAGAUUCAAUCUUCCAGACAAUAUUGGAACCCAUGGCCAAUACGAGUUGUGGAGGAACCGAGUUAGAGACCUGCCGAGACGAAACAGAGGCGCUUGUCCUGAAAUUCAUCGCCAUCGCGUCGAUCCUCAUGGCCGGAGUCGUAGGAAUUGCGAUCCCACUCGUCGGAAAGAACAGCCGCUUUCUCCGCACCGACAGCAACCUUUUCGUCACCGCCAAGUCCUUCGCCGCCGGCGUCAUUCUUGCCACAGGGUUCGUCCACAUGCUUUCGGGCGGAUCAAAGGCCCUUUCCGACCCGUGCCUGCCCGAGUAUCCGUGGUCCAAGUUCCCGUUCGCUGGCUUCUUUGCCAUGACAGCCUCGCUCCUCACCCUCCUUGUUGACUUCGUGGGAACCCAGUAUUACGAGCGGAAACAGACUGGCCCGGGGACUGAGGAGAUAGUCCGGGUCGGUUCCGCCGACGCGGGGCUGGAGUCGGGUAUUUCGCCGGCGGGGGAGGUCAAGGAGUAUAAUGGGAAAGUAUUUGGGGAAGAGGAAGGCGGUGGGAUGCACAUUGUUGGGAUGCAUGCGCACGCGGCACACCACAGACAUAGUCACCCCCAUGGCCAGGAUGCUUGCGACGGGCACCGGAGGGAUAGCUCUCACGGACACGGCCAUUCUCACGGGUUUGAAGAUGCUGAUGGGGAAGAAGAUGGUGGCGUUCGCCACGUUGUCGUUUCCCAGAUUUUAGAACUUGGGAUCGUUUCACAUUCGGUUAUUAUCGGACUCUCGCUGGGAGUAUCCCAGAGCCCCUGCACAAUCAGACCCUUGAUUGCAGCAUUAUCCUUCCAUCAGUUCUUCGAAGGAUUUGCGCUUGGAGGCUGCAUCUCCCAAGCCCAGUUCAACAAUCUAUCAGUAACACUGAUGGCUGGCUUCUUUGCCAUAACAACUCCGGCCGGUAUCGGCAUCGGGAUCGCCAUCGCUUCAGUCUACAACGCGAACAGUGCAGGUGCCCUGGUUACUGAAGGCAUUUUGGAUUCCAUGUCUGCUGGAAUUUUGGUAUAUAUGGCUUUAGUGGAUCUGAUUGCUGCUGAUUUUCUGAGUAAGAGGAUGAGCUGCAACUUUAGAUUGCAAGUAGUGUCUUAUUUUAUGCUCUUCCUUGGGGCUGGAUUGAUGUCUUUUCUGGCAAUCUGGGCCUAAAUUGUGAAUGCAACCGUUCAAGCUUCCAGCUUUUUUUUUUCGUUCUUUUUUUGCCUUGUUGCAUUAGAAUGUCUUUGGGGCUAUGGCAUAAAAGAAGUCUUUCUUGUUGGUCCCUUUAGAGGGAGAGGGAAGGUGGAAAACAAAAGAAUGAAAUUUAUGUCUGGGAAAUAAAGGAUGCAGCAUUUCUUACUCAAAUGUCCAACAUGCAGAGUUGUUAAGUGCAUGUUUGGCAAGGAGUGCAGUUCAUCUACAGUAGAGGAGUCUAUGUUUGGCAAGACUGAAAUUCAUCUACAGUAGAGGAGUUCUUCAUUUACUGUAUGUGUUUUGUUUUAUUAAUUGAGAAAAUCUAUUUGUAAGUCUUA